GCACCAAUCAGCGCGCGGGAGGCGUGUCCGCAGCGGCACCCGGAAGGAACGCAGGAGCCGCGCACAGUCGGGGCCGCGGCGGCAGCGGCGGAGGGGGCGCUGGUGACCCACGACUGCCAGAUCAAGCAACCUCAAGGCCACACUGCGAGGGCUGAUAGCUGAGAGCUGCCUUCUCUGUCUGCUUCAGCCCUACACCAAGGCAUCAAAGCUGCAGUGCCUGUGGAUUAUGACCACAGGGGAGCUGUGUUGCAUCUGUAAAUCUCUGUUGUGCAUCAAGGGCACAUCUGAACAGAGCCACUGUGGACACUGAAGAGCUGGAGAGGACAUUGCAGAGGUUUGGAGGCACACCGUGAUGGUGGGAGCCAUUCCACGGCAGCCACGCCGCUUCUGGGGGGUGCCUGACUGGCAGGCGUCUUCAGCUAGUUGUGCCAACGACCGCCUGCUGCGGGGCAGGGAGGUUAAUCCAGAGACAAGCAGGGAUGCUGUGCUGCAGACCACCUCAUAGUAGAGGGCUCAGAGAUUCUGAGUGAGAGGGGGCCCAGCUCCCACCCCCUGCCCUUUCACCCUGACCUGUGGCACUUUACAAUCGCCCUCCUGCUGCUGCAUGGGCUCCACUCGGAGUCCUAGCAAGUGAGGCUCCAUGCGGCACAUCCACACAGAGACGUCUCUGCCCCCGGAGCACAGCACAGACCCCAGCCUGGCCCGGCCCAGGGGGGAGACACCCUUGGAGCCUUCCUCGCAGUGCUGCACCCACCGCAGCAUCCUCAUGGGCUACAAUGAGACAGAGAUCAAGCGCCAGAAGGUUUACCAGGUGUCCAUCUUCUCCCAUCUCCCCAGCUCCUCUGAGAGCACAGAGCAGCGGGCAGGCACCCGGCCAGCUGUCAAGAGGGGAUACCCCGAGCAGCGAACUCCGGAGGGGGGUCGAGAUCCCAAACGAACUCACUGGGGUGACAGGGGGGUGGAUGGGGGCCCUGGGCAGCCUUCCCUGGAUGAUGAUGAUACCUUUGAGGAUGGUCUGCUUGUGGAGGAGCUCUCCCUUUGCGGCUCUGCCCAGCACUUCUCCCACAGUGGGCUGCGGGUGGUGGAGCACCGCUGUGAGGGCAGCCCUAGCCACAGCCCCAAGGCCAGCAGAGAGGACAAGUCACAGGAUGUCUCCUUCUCCUCCUCCUCCUCUUCCUCUCCCUCCUCCUCCUGGCCCCAGCACAUUGCUUGCAGUACUUUGCACAUGAGAGACAGUUGCCCUGUCUCAUCAGGGGAUCAGCCCAUAGACUAUGGAGAGAAUGGGGAGCCAGCAAGUGGCCACAAUGUACUUCACCUUGAAUUGCACAGUAUUGCACAAACAACCCAGUUGGACCCUGGUGGGAAGAGAGAGAAGCCAGGGAGCAGCCCAGCUCACACCAGCACGGCUAGCGGGGAAGCGGAAGGGCCAGCAGUGGCCAAUGGGUGCAGGGAGUCCCCAGUUCCGCUGACAGUGCUCAGCCCUGAGCCCAGCAACCUGAGCUCCCAGGAGAUGACACCCUGUGGGAGCAGCCAGCUCAGUGGCACCUGCCCAGCCAAAAGGAAGUUGCUGCCUGCUGGCGAGGUUAUGGCUGACUCCUGCUCUGAGGAUGAGAGCCAGUCCCCACCAGCAAGGAAGAAGAGGGUCCUGCCAUGCCAUCCUGUGCCCACAGCCUGCCGCAGCACUGAUGCCAAGGGAGCUCCAUUCUGGAAUCACCUGCUUCCUGCAGCCAAGAGCCCUUCAGAUUGCACUGCGGUUGGGAGGAGGCUGAAGAGUGGGCUGCGUCUCAAAUCGCGACAUCUCCGGACCAGCCUCCGGAGGGGCACUAGGUCCCCCGCAGUGCCCUGGACCACCACCACUGUCAGCCAUGCUCUGCUGGGCAAUUUUGAGGAGUCUAUCCUGAAGGGGCGCUUUGCACCAUCGGGGAGGAUUGAGGGUUUCACGGCAGAGAUCGGUGCCAGUGGCUCCUACUGUCCCCAGCAUGUCACCCUGCCUGUUGUCGUCACCUACUUCGACAUCUCUGAACACAACGCACCCUCGCCUUUCCUGGGAGUGAUUGACUUGGAGGCCUUGGGAAAGAAGGGUUACAGUGUCCCCAAAGCUGGAACCAUCCAAGUGACCUUAUUUAACCCCAACAAGACUGUGGUGAAGAUGUUCUUGGUGACGUACGACUUCCAGGACAUGCCGGCCAACCACAUGACCUUUCUACGCCAUCGCAUCUUCCUGGUGCCCGUGGGGGAGGAGGAGGGGUCCACAGUGGCUCCCAGUGACCCACUGGGCACCAGCCCACCCCGCAGGGUUCUCUGCUACCUGAUGCAUCUAAGGUUUCACAGCUCCAAGUCAGGGAAGAUCUACCUUCAUGACGACAUUCGGCUGCUUUUCUCCCGCAAGUCGAUUGAGGUGGAUUCGGGGAUCCCCUAUGAACUGAAAUCCUUCACAGAGAUGCCGCGGAACCCCUGCUACUCACCCAGGGCCUGACCUUCUUCACUCCUGCCCCCAGAGCCACUGGGAAGCCUCCAGCCCAGCACUUUGGGGAGAGAUGAGUAAAGGGCCAGCAAGCACUGUUUUGAGAUAUCACCCACCCUCCUGACCAGCACGGGCACCACGCUCUGCAGCAGGGCUGGGAACACCCAGGGGGCUUCACCAAGAGGGGCAGGGGCUUAGGAGCAGCCCUGGCACUCCAGGGACAUGCCCAAGCCUUCUACUGGCACUGUUCCCAGCUUGGAGACUUGGCUGUGGCUGAGGUGGGUGGGCAUGGAGUGAAGAGUUGGACUGGAGCUGUGAGUGAGACCAUCCACACUGGUCUCGGGUCUGGGAGCAGGAAGUGUGGAAGAGUUUGUAUUUAUUAGUAUUUAUUGUUGCUGGGAGCGCAGAGGAGGCUUGUGCAGAGGAUCAGAGGUGCUGUGCUUGUUCUUCCUCUCAGCCCUGCCUGCACCAGGCUGCCCGUGUUUGGGCAGGGCUGUGGGGACUGUGAGGAUGACUAGGGACAGGGAUGCCUCAGCCCAUGGAAGGGAGAGUGACCCAGUGCUCACACAGGGUGCAGCUCUCAGGUAAGGGGUGUGUUAAAAGCCCAGUGACAGGCUAAGCCUUCCUGGCAUCAGCUUUGCAGGGCCAGCCCAACUCCAAACAGCUUGGGGAGGCCUGCGCUCAUCUUCGGAGUCUUUUAGGGUAAGCCAGAGCCCAAUAGACCUAUGGCUGUCAAGAAAGUGGCAACUGCCAGGUUCCUGAAGGUAAGAGACACAGCUGCCACGUGGAUGGGGACCUGGAGCUCUUUGCAGGAAUAUGGGGAUAGCCCUCUGGGCAAGAGCCUCCAGAGCACGUGAGCUGUGAAUCUGAGAUUGCCAAAAAAAAAAGGAACUUUGCACUGUCUGUGGAUGUGGGGUGAAUCCCAUGCAGGAGGCAGCUUUGGGCAGGGACUGCCGGCAGGGUGAUCAGAGGUUGGAGGAUGGUCAGGAGCCCCUGAUUAGAAAAACGGGGUAACGGGGAAGCAACAGAGGAAAUCAAACUCUGGGAGCUGGGCUGGUUCAUCAGGAGCAGGACUGGGAGAAUCCAGACUGGGGCAGUCAGAAGGACAGGGCCAAGGAUAAAACAAGCUUGCACAUUCCCUGUCUAUUCACCUCUCUGCCCUCUGAGGGUCUCAGCAAAGCUUCCCUGCCAGCACAGGUUGUGGAGAUGGAUCCUCAGCCCCUCUGUCAAAGAGAACAAGAGGGGGACAGGCCCAACCCCAUCACUCCCACCACUGAGGCCGAGACCCCAGCAUGGGGAGCUCCGUGUGGGGAUAGACCAGGAGUGGGGGGUUUGGGGCGAGGUUGUGGUCUGCCUUGCUCGGGGGCAGUUGGGGGCUCCGGCCCUGCUGCACUCGCGUUGGGAAGCCUGAAAAUGUCCAUAUACUCACACUGGGGGCCUGAACCCUCCAAACAGAGGUUUUGAACCCCCCAAACACCGGGGCCGCUCCCCCCAAACCGGGGCCCUGAAUCCCGCAGGCUGUGGGUCUGAACCCCCCAAACCGGGGCCCUGAAUCCCGCAGGCUGUGGGUCUGAACCCCCCAGCACCGGGGCCACUCCCCAGCUGCCCUGGCCAGCGGCUCCCGGGGGCCGCCGUGACGCCAGAGUCCCCCUCGCCCCCAGGUCACCGGGGUUGCCCCUCUCGCCGUGGCCCUGCGGGAUUGCGAGGGCCGUGCCGGUACUUUUCGUGUUCGUUUCUAAUUUAAUAAACGUCCGUUUGGAGCGCCUGAAA